AUGGACAGGAGAGAGCUAAUCCUCUUUUGUUUGGGACUCACCACAGGAAUAUCACUCGCUACCAUCGCUACCUCCUUUUUUGUGCCCUCGACCUCCUCAUACUCGUCUACCUCACCUCCAGUCAUGUCCCCAAACGAAAACAACCACUCUACUGUCAAUGGACUGCCAACUACUAGGAGGAAAUCUACUACUACCACCACUACUCCAGUAUCUUCUCUAUCCCCAUCCUUUCACGAAAUAGAAGCUGCUUGGACUGUCCUGCCAUCAAAACUAGAAGAAAUAUCAUCUCACUUCAUCCAGGAACUAGUCAAGGGUCUCGCUGCCGACGGUCACGAUAUAAAAGCAAUCCCUUCUUAUGUCACUCGUCGUCCAACCGGAACUGAAACUGGCUGCUACUUUGCUCUCGACUUUGGAGGCUCCAACUUUCGAGUAUGUCAAGUCAUCCUUCUAGGUGCUGGCAAUACCGCUGUCAAACAACAGAAAGAUGCUAUAUCGGAUCAUCUCAAAGCUGGAACUGCUGAAGAAUUAUUCAACUUUUUCGCUGAAAGGACGAGAGACUUCUUGUCGAAACAUGGAUUGGGUAAUGGUGGGGGAGCAAAGAUGGGGUUUACCUUCUCGUAUCCUGUCACGCAGACUGCUCUCAACCAUGGUUCUCUCAUGCACUGGAACAAGGGAUUCACUACAUCUGGUGUGAUAGGUGUCGAUGCUGUUGACUUGCUACAGACUGCCUUCCACAAACAGGGUCUCGACUUGCACGUGUCUGCACUCGUCAACGACACUGUCGGAACCCUCAUCGCACACACAUACCAAGGACCAGACACAUACAUUGGCGUAAUUCUAGGUACAGGCUCAAACGCCGCAUACGUCGAAUGCAUCGACAAUAUACCCAAAUGGCAUGGUCCUCGUCCACCUACAGAACAAAUGAUUAUCAACUGUGAAUGGGGUGCAUUCGAUUGUGCCAGACGUAUCCUGCCAGUCACCAAAUAUGAUAAUAUCGUCGAUGCUGCUUCACCAAACCCAAACAUGCAAAUAUUUGAAAAGAUGAUGUCGGGUAAAUAUCUAGGUGAAUUGACGAGGCUUGUUAUGCUUGAUUUGGUCGAGAAGGGUGAAUUGUUUGGGGGAGAAGCGUCGACAGAGUUGAAUAGCACUUACUCGUUUGACACUUCUUAUAUGUCUCGUAUUGAAAGGGACGUCUCACCAGAACUCGCUGAAACUGAAACUAUUCUCAACGUUGUCAUGCAUAUCAGAGAAUCUACUCUGAACGAUCGCAUGAUUGUCAAAAGACUCUGUUACCUUGUUGGUCGCCGUUCUGCUCGAUUGGCUUCUGCUGGAAUCGCAGGCCUUGUGAAAAAGAUUAACAAACUAGAUGGUUGUACAGUAGCCAUUGAUGGCUCACUAUUCGUGCAGUACCCUCGAUACGCCAAUCGAAUGCGAGGAGCAUUGCAGGAACUGUUGGGAGCUGACGCUGAAAAUAUAUCUCUUGAUCAAGCUCGUGAUGGAUCUGGCAUUGGUGCCGCAUUGAUUGCUGCUCUUGCUGACGUAUGA